GAACAUUAAUUAAUGAUAUACUUCAAAAUAUUAAAGACGGAACCAAAAUUAAAAAAUUUACCAACAAACAUCAAAUAGUUGCACUAGAACAAUUUCUUAAUUACGAUUGCACAGAGUUCAUCUCCUAG